AUGGAGACUGCUCUCGCUGAAGACAGAUCUUGCAGAACACAUCAGAACCUCAGAUUAUCAGGUCAUAGUGUGGUCCGAAAAACUACUGGAUUGGAUGAGUAUCAAAGACCAUCGUCUAACUUAACAUGUCUCAGUGAUAACGUGAAUUUUCUCAAAGGUGAUGGUGAUCAACUUAAAUACAAUCCAGAUUUAGAAAAUCAAUGUGGUAAACUAUUGGUAGAAUAUUUAAUAAUUUCAAAGACUAAAGCAUGGAUUCCAGUUUCAUCUUUAACUUCUUAUGGUUAA